UUGCCUCUCAUCAUACAUUACAUAUAGCUAUUUCCAUAUAAGCAAAGCACAGCACGGCACAUUCUCUGCCUGAAUCUCUUACCUGCCUUACCUACUCCCUUCCAACUCUCUUCAUUUAUUUAUACAACCGUUCCGUUUCAUAACCUGCCCGUCUCUACAAUAAGUUUGCCAUUUCUCUCUCUUUCCUUUCAGAAGGAAACAAUAUGUACGAUCCUCACAGUCACAGCCUUUUCACUACUGAGGAGAAUUGAUAACCAUUCCUACAAUAUUCACCCCCUGCAGCUGUGGUUUUCUCAGUUAACAACAAUUCCUCUUCCCCUCACUCUGACACGAUCAUAUUUUGUACUAACUCUCCAUGAUUUUGUUUUCUUAUUCGUCCAGCGAAUGACGGAGUUCGUACUUUUUGCCUGUAACAGGAGUCCUGGAGUAAAGGGAGUUAAUCUCACAUCAUAAGCAGACACAGCUUUCAGAGCUAAUGUUGCAAACUCUCCGGUCUCCAUGAAGCUACAAUAUGUAUUAAUCCUACAUUUCCUUGUACUGUAUGUUUCAAUAUUAGGUACUGUUGCUGACCUCAAGUCAGAUAAAGAAGCUCUGCUUGACUUCAUUGCUGCUGUCCCUCACAGCCGAAAACUUAACUGGACUAGUGCUUCUUCAGUCUGUAGAUCUUGGGUUGGUAUCACUUGUUCAGAAAAUGAAAGUGGAGGAGUACUUUCGCUGCGUCUCCCUGGCAUGGGAUUAUCUGGCCCCAUUCCAGCCAAUACUCUUGGGAUGAUGAAAGCACUCACUAUUAUUAGCCUCCGAUCCAAUGGCCUUACAGGAAGUCUUCCAGCUGAUAUCGUUUCCCUCCCUUCACUCCGCUACAUAUACCUUCAGAAAAACAAUUUUUCAGGGGAUAUUCCUUCUUCUUUAUCCGUCAAACUUGAAAUCAUUGAUCUUUCUUUCAAUUCCUUUACAGGAAGCAUUCCAAGUGCUGUUCAGAAUUUGACAGAUCUUACUGGGUUGAGCCUACAGAACAACUUCCUCACGGGGUCCAUACCUGUACUUAAACCUCCUAAACUUGAGCAUUUGAAUUUAAGUAAUAACCAGCUUAAUGGUUCCGUUCCAAUUUCCCUCCAGAAGUUCCCAGCUUCAUCUUUCCAAGGGAACACUUGGUUAUGCGGGGCACCUCUGAAUCAGUGCCUCUAUCUUACCCCGUCACCGUCUCCCUCCCCAAGCUUUUUACAGCCUAUUCCUCCUCCAACUUACUUCCCCAUCUCACCAACUGCUUCUGUUCCAUUCCCGAAGUCCAAGAGAUCAUUGAGCACGGGGUCAGUUAUUGCCAUUGCAGUCGCGGCAUCUGCAGGUUCUUUGUUGCUAUUCCUAACUAUAGUUUUGUAUUGUUUGAAGAAACCAAAUGUCCGAGAAGGUAGAAUUAUAUCAAAAGGGAAGGCCUUUAUUAUUGGGAGGGGUGUGAAGCCAAACACGGACUCUGGAAGUGGGGUGCAAGAGGCAGAGAGGAACAAAUUAGUUUUCUUCGACGACUGCCCUCAUAAUUUUAAUCUUGAAGAUUUACUGAGAGCCUCCGCUGAAGUGUUAGGAAAGGGAAGCUAUGGAACUACCUAUAAAGCUAUCUUAGAGGACGGAACAAUAGUGGUUGUGAAGAGGCUAAAAGAUGUAGCUAUCGGGAAAAAAGAGUUUGAGCAACAGAUGGGAACUAUUGGGAGCAUAAGGCAGCAUCAGAAUGUCGUGUCUCUUCGUGCUUAUUACUAUUCUAAGGAUGAGAAACUCCUUGUUUAUGACUAUAUACCUAUUGCCAGCUUGUCCACGCUAUUACAUGGAAAUCAGGACUCCGGCAUAACACUUGACUGGGUGUCUAGAGUAAAAGUAUCCCUUGGAUCUGCCAAGGGUUUUGCUCACAUUCAUUCUGCUGCAGCUGGAAAACUAGUUCACGGCAACAUUAAGUCCUCUAAUAUCCUCCUCACGCACGACCUUGAUGGAUGCAUAUCAGAUUUUGGCCUGAGUCCUCUUCAUGGAUCUGCAAUUAUCCCAUUAAAAAGUGCGGGCUACCGAGCACCUGAAGUAAUUGUAACUAAAGAAGCUACCCAAAAGUCAGAUGUUUACAGCUUUGGCGUUCUCCUGCUUGAAAUACUGACAGGCAAAGCACCAGUUCAGUACCCUGGACAUGAUGAUGUCGUCGACCUCCCCUGCUGGGUCCAAUCUAUUGUUAGGGAAGAAUGGACAGCAGAAGUUUUUGAUGCUGAGCUUAUAAAAUAUCACGAUAUUGAAGAAGAGAUGGUGAAAAUGCUUGAGAUCGCAAUGACAUGUGUUGCAACCCUGCCGGAGAUGAGGCCAAAUAUGCAAGAAGUUGCUGAAUUGAUUGAAAAAAUCCGAACACAAGACACAACAAGCAGACACUCGUCAGAGGAUAACAAGAGUACCCCUUGAGGAUAGAGGCCAAUAUGCCAUAUGAGUACAAAGCAGAUACAGGUUGGAGGACAACAACUAUACCAUAGAUGCAAUAUCAUAUCAGUAAGUUACAAAUAUUGAUAAUUACACCUGAGAAUUGCGUGUAAAUAUAUUGAAUUCAUAACAAGAGUAAUGCUCCAGCCUCCAUGCACAGGAAGGAUUCAAAAAUAUGAAAUGAGUGACCAUGAUUUCUUUAGAUUUUGAAUCGUUAAUUCUACUAGUACCUUCUAUUGUUAAAUAAUCACUUGUUAUUUUGACAACUCCAAUAUUUAAACCAAUGUAGUUGUAUUUGUAUCUUAUUUUUAUCAGCAGAGGUGCUAAACCUAGACAAAUGCAGGAACACAUCAGGUAGAUUACAUUAAUACAUGUUCCAAGUGCUUUGUUCAA